AUGGAAUUGCGUCUGCAUUUCAGUGGGCUGCAGGCACCGUCUGGGGCCAUACUGCCUCCACUAGAUACCAUCAUCAACCCGUAUAUUAUCUUCGAAGUUCCCGACUCUACCCUUUUUGCGGCGAAGUCAAAUUGGGGAGAGCGAGUGAGGGGAUACAAAAUACAUGGAGCAACUACUUUGUCACUUGAGCGGAAAGUGGAAAUUUCUUAG